AUGGCUCCCUGCAUCGCCCUCGCUCCUCUCAUCGGCAUAGGCUUUGGAACCCUCAGUGCAAGGGGCGAGUUUGCCAUUCCGUCCCUUUCCCCCUCUCUCUCCAGCCUCUCAGUUCUGGUCGGGAUUGCCGUCUACUUUGCCCUGUGCCGCUGCUCCCCCAUUGCCUCUCCGCAACGGGAGAUCAUAGGUGGAACAUGUCUGGCUGUCAGCUUUACCGCCGGUGCUCUCCUGCAGUGGCUGGUUCAGCUUGCAGCAGAGAUCCUAUCAGCACCAGCACCACAACGAAUAAUGGCGGCCACAGCACCUCAUGAAAGAACAACAGCACCAAACGAAGUUAAACUGGUGGUGACAACAGAACAACCAGAGGACCUACCAGGAGCAGCAGCAACAGCACCGCCAGCAGCAGCUCAAGCAGCAGCAGCAGCGACAGCACUACCACUACCCUCAGCACCACCAGCAACAACAAAAGCUGCAGCACCAAUGGCACCAGCACCAUCGCCAUCACCAUCAGCAGCGACAACAGCAGCUGCAACAGCCUCUCAUGCCCCUGCCCCCACCUGGCUGCCUCUGACUGCUCUGUUUGCCCGACACAGCGAGCAACUGAGAGAGGUCUUUGGCGUGCUGAUCCCAGCAACAGUCGCAUCGGGCAUGCUUCAAAUCGCCACCUUCACCGACCUCUAUUUUGCUUCCUUCCUUCCCGGAACCGCUGCUGCUCUCGGCUACGCCAAUCUGCUGGUCAUGGCGCCCCUCGGCAUUCUCUCCACCGCCCUCCUAGUGCCGCUGCUGCCUCACUUUGCUCGUCUCGCCCAUCCAAAGGAUCGCCCGCUCUUGAAGGAUAGCUUGCGACGAGGGCUGGUCAUGGCUAUGGCCGUGACUCUCUCCAUGACAGCUUUCAUGCUCCCAUUGGCCCGUCCCAUCGUUCGCAUUGUCUUCCAGCGGCGCUCCUUCGAUGCCUCUGCCACCACCCUCGUCUCCUCGCUGCUCUCGUGCUGUCAGUGCUUACUCCCUGUAUCCUUCCUCCCCUUUGAGCGUCGUUCCUUCGAUGCCUCUGCCACCUCCCUCGUCUCCUCGCUCCUUUCGUGCUGUCAGUAUUCCCUGUCGUUGCUGCCUCUAUCACAUGUUUUCAGUGCUGCUGUCUUGUGCGUGGCUUUGAGCGUCGCUCCUUCCAUACCUCUGCCACCUCCCUCGUCUCCUCGCUCCUCUCAUGCUGUCAACCUCCUCGGCUCCCCCUGCUACCUACCUCCUCGGCUCCCCCUGCUACCUGGCUCGGGACGUGCUCGUGCAGCUCUUCUACUCCCUUCUCCACGCCACACACUGCUUCAAGUCCGCAAUUCACGUGUCCCCCCUUUCUCUUCCCCCCCAGACCUCCUCGGUUCCCCCUGCUACCUGGCCCGGGACGUACUCGUUCGUCUCUUCUACUCCCUUUCUUAUGCCACACUCUGCUUCAUGUCCAUUAUUUACUUCCUUCCCCCCUCUGUGUACGCCCCAGACCUCCUCGGCUCGCCCGGCUACCUGGCUCGGGACGUGCUCGUGCGGCUCUUCUACUCCCUUUCUUAUGCCACACUCUGCUUCAUGUCCAUUAUUUACUUUCCCCCCUCUGUGUACGCCCCAGACCUCCUCGGCUCGCCUUGCUACCUGGCUCGGGACGUGCUCGUGCGUCUCGUCUACUCCCUCGCUGACGGCACAUGCUGCCUCAAGAAUUAUUCACUUACUUUCCCCCUAUCCCCCUUCUUUCCCCUUCUUUCUGCAGACCUCCUCGGUUCCCCCUGCUACCUGGCUCGGGACGUGCUCGUGCGUCUCUUCUACUCCCUCGCUGACGGCACCACGCCCUUCCUUAUAAGCACAUUCGCUAUAGCGGCCAACGCAGUCCUGGAUUUCCUAUUCGUGAGCCGCUGGGAGUUUGGCCCCCAGGGCCUUGUGCUCGCUACAGCCGCUGUGAACAGUGCUUCGGCUGUAGCGCUGCUGUGGCUGGCGCACAGGAGAAUGGGAGGUGAGUGGAAGGCUGGUUGGGUGACUGCUCUAUGA